AUGCUGCCUGCCACGGCAGGCGUGGCAGGCCUGCCGUGGCAUGGCACAGUCAGAGCUGGCAUGGCACCUCACUUCUGCGGUAACAAAAACAGAAAGAAGGAAAAAUUCACCAAAUCGAGAAAAAGCAACAUUCCCUCGUACGCCCUUUGUUCCACAAGCAACACGACCAAACGCCCCUUCACCGCCUUGACAGCCUUUGUCCCCUCCUCUCCUCCUCGCUUUCCCCGUCAUGUUCUCCGCUCAGAUUUACCGGAUUCCUCUCCGCAAUUCCUGCAAGUGAAUGCCCGAGACGAUAUCCUUGGUGAUACAUGCUGUGCG